AUGGCCGGCGUUCCCAACACUUAUGAUGCGCCCGUCCACAUCGCCGUUAUAGGCGGCACUGGCAUCUCUUCCCUGCCAGGCUUCACUCUCGCCGCGACUCUCGAUGUCGAUACCCCAUGGGGAAAGCCCUCGUCGCCUGUUUCUAUCCUCCAACACCCUUCGCCCUCCUCCGGCAAGCCUAUCCCGGUCGCGUUCAUCUCGCGACACGGACUCCACCAUGAACUCGCACCACACGAGGUGAAGAACCAAGCCAACAUCGCAGCGCUGCGACACCUCGGCGUGCGCACCAUCAUUGCCUUCUCCGCUGUCGGAUCGCUCCAAGAAGAAGUACGACCGCGCGACUUCGUUAUCCCCGACCAGAUUAUCGACCGCACAAAGGGCAUCCGGCCAUUUACCUUCUUCGAGGGUGGCAUGGUCGGCCACGUUGGCUUUGGCGACCCCUUCGACAAGAAGCUGUCCAAGAUCGUCAGCCAGUGCGGACACGCGCUAGAGGGAGACGGCGUCACUCUACACGACAAGGGAACGCUCAUCUGCAUGGAGGGACCGCAGUUCAGCACACGCGCAGAGUCAAACCUCUACCGUGCGUGGGGUGGCAGCGUCAUCAACAUGUCUGCUCUUCCCGAGGCCAAGCUUGCGCGAGAGGCUGAAAUUGGGUACCAGAUGAUUUGCAUGGCCACGGACUACGACUGCUGGAGGGGUGACGGCUCUGAGGAUGUCAACGUUGAGAUGGUCAUGGCACACAUGAAGGCAAAUGCUGAGAACGCCAGGCGAUUCGUCGGCGCGGUGCUCAACGAGCUCAGCAAGGAGGAGCAUGAGGAGCAGGUCCUCGCUAAGCACCUCGAUGGCCAGAUGAGGUUCGCAGGUGCCAUGACAAAGAAGGAAGGACGCGGGCAAGAAGCGGAGAAGAAGCUGCAAUGGCUCUUCCCUGGCUACUUCGACUGA